ACAAAAAAAUCUAUCACCAACUCCACCCGACACCGAGACAAAAUCCAAUUGAGGAACACAACCAGAAAAGAGCAGAGCAGACAGAGAGAGAGAGAGAGCAGGAGAUGGCAAUGGCAAUGGCAAUGGCAAUGGCGCUUCGCAGGCUCUCCUCUUCCGUCAGGAAGUCGAUUCGUCCUCUCUCCAAUGGCGGUUCUCUCUAUUACAUGUCUUCUUUGCCUAAUGAAGCCGUUUACGACAAAGAGAAAUCUCGUGUCGCGUGGCCAAAACAGUUGAAUGCUCCACUGGAGGAAGUUGAUCCGGAGAUUGCAAAUAUAAUCGAGCUUGAGAAAGCUAGACAAUGGAAGGGAUUGGAACUCAUUCCUUCGGAGAACUUCACUUCUGUCUCUGUGAUGCAAGCUGUUGGGUCUAUCAUGACUAACAAAUAUAGUGAAGGAUAUCCUGGUGCUAGAUACUAUGGAGGAAACGAGUACAUUGACAUGGCAGAAUCCUUAUGUCAAAAGCGUGCUUUGGAAGCAUUUCGAUUGGAUCCUGCAAAAUGGGGAGUUAAUGUGCAAUCACUGUCUGGUUCUCCUGCUAAUUUCCAAGUUUAUACUGCACUGUUGAAACCUCAUGAGAGAAUUAUGGCACUUGAUCUUCCACAUGGUGGACAUCUUUCACAUGGUUAUCAGACUGACACCAAGAAGAUAUCUGCUGUGUCUAUAUUUUUUGAGACAAUGCCAUAUAGAUUAAAUGAGAGCACUGGAUACAUUGAUUAUGACCAGUUGGAGAAAAGUGCAACACUUUUCAGGCCAAAACUAAUUGUUGCUGGUGCAAGUGCUUAUGCUCGCCUCUAUGAUUAUGCACGCAUUCGCAAGGUCUGUGACAAGCAGAAAGCUAUCCUCCUGGCAGAUAUGGCUCACAUAAGUGGGUUGGUUGCAGCUGGUGUCAUCCCAUCUCCUUUUGAAUAUGCAGAUAUUGUCACCACUACAACACACAAAUCACUUCGUGGGCCACGUGGGGCCAUGAUCUUCUUCAGGAAGGGUGUCAAAGAGGUUAACAAGCAAGGGAAAGAGGUCUUGUAUGAUUAUGAAGACAAAAUCAACCAGGCUGUCUUUCCAGGGCUUCAAGGUGGUCCACACAAUCACACAAUUUCUGGGUUAGCAGUUGCAUUAAAGCAGGCCACAUAUCCAGAGUACAAAGCCUAUCAAGAACAAGUUCUUAGGAAUUGCUCAAAAUUUGCUGAGAGAUUGGUAGAAAAGGGCUAUGAGCUUGUCUCUGGUGGAACUGAAAAUCAUUUGGUUUUGGUCAAUCUUAAAAACAAGGGUAUUGAUGGCUCUAGAGUUGAAAAGGUAUUGGAAUUGGUGCAUAUUGCAGCCAACAAGAACACUGUUCCUGGGGAUGUGUCUGCCAUGGUUCCUGGCGGCAUCAGGAUGGGAACCCCAGCUCUCACAUCAAGGGGAUUUGUUGAAGAGGAUUUUGCAAAAGUAGCUGAUUUCUUUGACACUGCUGUGAAGUUGGCCUUGAAAAUUAAGGCUGAAACCAAAGGGACAAAAUUGAAGGACUUUUUGGGUACAAUCCAGGCAAGUGCUAGCAUCCAAUCUGAGAUUUCAAAGCUUCGUCAUGAGGUUGAGGAGUAUGCAAAGCAAUUUCCAACAAUUGGCUUCAAAAAAGAAACAAUGAAAUACAAGGACUGAAGAAACGAGGAUGCUCUCAUGCAAGGUUUAUGGAUUCUUACAACAUAUUUUGUUGAAUGUAGGACCAUUAUCCUUUGUGGAUUUAUCCCAUUAAAUAGUAUUUAUUCUUGUUCUUUGGCCAUAAUGUUAGAUGAUGUUAUUGCAAGUGUUGUGCCUCUAAUUUUCUGCACGGAAUAACAACCAUAGAGCCUUGAUUUCUCAGAGUAUCUUCAGGUGGAGUGUCAUUUUUAUAAUAAUGCACAUGUAAUUUGCUGGUAUAACAAAGGUAGAAAUAAUUUGUUAAUUCUUGUACUCAACAAAGUUCAAUUAAGUAUGCCGAUCCUUUUUAGCAGGGAUGCAAAUUGGCAUAAUUUUUGUCUAUGUACUAAGAUACAAAAUUUUGAGUUC